UUAAACAGAAAUGCAGCUACUCAUGUGAGCUAAAAAAAAUACGAGUUCUCAUUAUAAAGGUGGUUUAGUUAAAUAAACAAAAUCUCAAAAUUGCUUUCACACAAUCAGUAUUGUAGAACUCCUUUGAAGUAUCGUUUCAGCAUUUAUUUUUGAUUGGAUUACGUCUACGAAAGCCAUUUUUGUUUACAUCCUUUAUGCUCCCUUGUCAAUAGAAAACCGAAAACUUUUCUGUGAUAAGAAUGCAAGCCCUGGAAGUCACAGUUCCUGAAAAGUAUGAGAAUGAAAAGCCCAGAAGAUGCUACAUACCGAAGCGAUUCAUUGUUGCCUUCUUGGGAUUUUUUGGUUUUGUCAAUGUCUAUGCCUUACGGGCGAACCUAAGUGUGGCUAUGGUUGCCAUGGUGAAUAACACAGAAGGAAACACCAAAGUAUUUAAUAGCUCCAGAGAUGAAUGCCCGGAUAUUAUGGGGAGCAGUAACGAUUCAAUUAUGGAUCAGAGCAAUUCCUUGGGAGAGAAAUAUAAUUGGGAUGCGAAGACGCAGGGAAUGAUCAUGAGUUCCUUCUUCUAUGCUUACUUCAUUACUGUGCUCACAGGCGGCUACUUCGCUAAAAGAUUUGGAGCCAAGCUUAUGUUUGGCGGCGGCAUAGGCGUCACGUCCAUUUUGACGCUUUUGACACCGGUAGCUGUAAGAUGGGGAAUUAUUCCUUUCAUCAUUGUUAGAGCUCUUGAAGGGGUAGGAGAGGGUUUGACAUACCCGGCAAUCAAUACCAUGGUCAGUCAGUGGGCGCCAAAACUGGAGCGAAGUAGAUUCUCAUCAGCAGUGUUCAGUGGAGCUUCCAUAGGGACUGUGGUGUCUUUGUCUGCAUCUGGGCUACUGUGUAAAUCAGAAGCACUUGGAGGAUGGCCAUCCGUCUUUUAUGUGUUUGGUACUAUUGGGUGUUUUUGGUAUGUACUCUGGGUUAUAUUUAUAUACGAAACACCCGAUGAGCAUCCAACAAUUUCUAAAGAGGAAUUAUUCCUUAUUUAUGAAUCAGAGGAGAAUCAACUAUUGCAAAAGGAUCUUGACAUACCAUGGAAAAAAAUUUUCACUUCUGCACCAUUGUAUGGUGUCCUGUUUGGCCACAUUGGGUCAUAUUUUGGAUUAACAGUCCUGAUGACAGAACUACCUACGUAUCUAACUGGAGUCUUGCACUACAGUGUAGAAGCGAGUGGUCUAUUAACCGGAUUGCCAAACAUCUUGGAGGCAUUGGGCGGAAUGAUGUCAUCCUUUGUUGCGGACAAACUCAUAAGCUCUAAGAAGCUAAGUGUCACGACAGUUCGCAAAAUAUUUCAAUCAAUAGCUAUGGUGGGAGCAGGUAUUUGCGUGCUUGCAAUCACUGUUUCAGGGUGUCAGGCGUCGGUUAUCAUAAUCCUCUACUCAUUAUUAUCGUACGUGAAUGGCUUUAAGUGUUCUGGAUAUAAUGUCACUCACGUUGAUAUGUAUCCACCAUUGGCAGGAGUCUUAUACGGAUUGACGAACAGUAUAUCCUCCCUUAGUGGAAUUAUUGUGCCUAAUAUGACUGGAGCAUUCACAGUCAGUGGGAAUACCAGAAGCAAUUGGAAUAAAGUUUUUUAUGUCACUGCAGGAGUUUAUUUUAUUUCAGCAAUACUCUAUGACAUCUUUGCGUCGGCUGAACUGCAACCGUGGGGAUCUGAGAAAAAAGAAAAGAAACAAAGCAACACUUCGGAAACAAAAAUUUAGCGUUUUGGUGAAAAGUGUUAGUUUUUCAAUGAAAAACAGGUUGAAGAGUUGGAGAAUCUUUGAAACUUUAGAUAAAAUAAGAAGUGAUGACGGCAUUUUAUACUUAGUGGAAAAAUUAUACAAAAUGAUGAAUUUUAUUAAAAGGAAAAGUUAACAAUGGUUACAGAUAAAACUAAAAAAAACUUUAAAUUACAAAGAAAAUGUUUAAAAAAAUUUUUCAAGGAAAAUAAGAAUCCUUUAUACAUAAUUUUUUUGUCAAUGAGUUGUAUGUAUGUAUGUUAAUGUAUGCAAAUGGUGAAUCAAUUUUACUCAUAAAUCAUUCUAUAACGAACCCUUAUUUUACAGGAGUGGUCAAAAUUGAGGACGCGUUUGAAAUUUUUAUGUUUUCUAACUUUGUAUACUUAUUGAAAAUGUUACGUUUCACAAAAUGCAAACUCUUAUAUAUCAUUUUAAAGAGAAUUUAAUGCUUAUUUCUAUACAAAACACAAGAUUCAAAUGUUUACAAUACAAAAGAAGUUAAGCAUAAUUAUCGAGAUACAUUAGAUGCUGAUGACUGCAGUGAGUUAUCAGUACUUAGUCGGAUAGCCUUUACUUUUUAUUAUAGCUUCACAUUGAUGUUUCAUUGAGCUAAAGACAGUUUUAAGCUCUUCUUUCCUUAUUUCAAAAUACUAUGAAACAAUUUCAGCCCCAAUUAAUUCUCUUUUAAUUGAUAAACGCUUCAUAUGAACAAGAGUUUUCAAACGGCGCCAUAAGUUCUCAAUAAUUUUGAGGUCAGGACUGUUUCCUAGCCAUGAUAACAAUUUAGUGCUCUUUGUACUAAAUCACGCUUUCGAUAUUUUUGCUGUGUGGCGAGAAGCUGCAUCCUGCUGAAAAAUAAAUGAUGUGUUGUUGGGAAAGAGAUGACUUAUGGAAGGUAUAAGUUUGGCUCUAGAACAGUGCCAAUGUACUUUCUUGCAUUUAAUGUUCCAUCGAUAACAUGAAGAAGACCAAUACUGUCUGCUGACAUGCAUGACCAAAUCAUAGCACUAACUGAGUUCUUCAUAGUUGCCUGAAUGCAGUCAGGAAGUAGCUCUUCGCCUAUUCUACGUCUUACAUAUUUUCCCCAUCAGUACCCAAUAACAAUAUCUUUGUUUCAUCACUCCGUAUAACUUCUGACCACUGAUCAUCUGUCCAAUUAAUGCGUUAAUUUGCCCACUGUAAUCUUUUUAUAUGCUGUUGUAAAUUGAAAUACGGAUUUUUUCCGUUGAAUUCUACCUCUUAGUCCAACAUCUAAUAAAUCUUCUCCUAAUUGUUCGUGAACUAAUAGAAAUGCCAGCAUCAUUUAAUUGACUUUUGAUGACCGCUUAUGACAUUCUGCUAUCUUGGAGACAUAAUCUUUUUAUUCUUCUGCCAUCAAUAACUGUGGUGCAUCUUUUUCAGUCAUUUUCUGCUUUGUUUUUUAUUGAAUUUGUCUCCUGAUAUUGCAAGCAAAACUUUCGGACUCCAGAUGUAGUCACUGAACCACCCCAGCUGUCUUGCAAUUUCAGUAUAUGAAAGACCACAUUCUUGUAACACAACAAUCUUGGCUCUCUUUCUAGGUGUUCAAUCUAAUAUUUUAUUUUAUACCCUCGCUUCUUGACUAAAUAAUAAAAAUAUUUACAGAAAUUCCAGCUGUAUAUUAAAAAGUUUAACGAAAUUUCUAACUUGCAAUUUGAUUAUAUAAAAAACAGUCUUCCUUCUACAGAAAAAAGCGUAAUAAUGACUUGUUCUAACUUUAAACGUGAUGUCAGCUUCUGUUAGCAGUUAUUAGCAUUUGAUUGAUUCCCAGAACAAGAACAGUGAUUUGUCAGGAAAGUUAGAAAUUACAAUCCACUUCAUCACUGUGUUUGUUAUUCAGAUUAAAAUAAAAAUAACUAUUUGGUAUUGAAAAUAUUUGAAUUUUGCAUUUUGUAUUGAAAUCAGUAUUAAAUUAUCUUUAAAAUGAUAUGUAACAGUUUGCAUUUAGUGAAAUAUAACAUUUUCUGUAAGCAUACAAAGUUAAAAAAUAUAAGAAUUUUCAAAAUUGUCCACAAUUUUGACUAUCAAUUUAAGUUAAAUUUUCUAUAUAAUUUUAUUUUUCUUUUUUCAUACACGCUGAUUUAAAAAGUGGAAAAUUCUGUAUAUAUUUUUAGUAUCAGAUUCAUAGACGUUAUAGAUAAAGAAUGAAUUGUUUUAUAACGGAUUUCUUAUAUGUUAUUUUUUAUAAUGGAUUUACAACCAAUUUUUUAUGUUUUUUUCUUUAGAAUGGAUUUAUAAUGGGUUUUUGUUAUCCAUUAUAGACAAUUUUUUUGUUAUUGAGUUAUAUGUAUUUGAUACAUAAAAUUUCUGUAUGUCUUUUAAUUUAUGCAUGUGGUGCAUCAGUUUAACACAUAAAGAAAAAAAACUAUUCUUUAUUAACUAAACUAAACUUGAUUUUAAAUCAAAUUUUCGAUACAACGUUAUUUUCUUACUUUAAUAUAUGCUGACGUAUUAAGCAGAACAUUUUGCAUAUAUUUUUAGUAUCAGAUGCAUAGAUUUUAUUAAUAAAGAAUGAAUUCCUUUAUAAUGGAUUUUUUUUGUAAUAUUUUGAUAAUAGAUUUUUUAUAUGGGUUUAUAAUGGAUUCUUGUUUACAAAUUGAAAGUUCUCAACAAUUUUCCGUUUUUAUACAAUAACUUUUUAAUUGCUGAUACAAUUGAUGUAUAAAAUGUAUAUAGUAUCUCUUGCUUUAGCAAGAGACACUAUAUCCAUUUUAUGCAUCAUAUGCAUAGAUUCUUUUUUAUAUUUUAUCGUUAGCUUUACUGAAAAUGUUGCCAGUCCUAAUUAUUGGAAUGGAAAUUAAAGUGUAAAAAUGUGCAGAAAUUUUAUACUACCAAAUUGGUGACAAAAAUGCUUUUUAAUCGCACGAAGUUAUUAUGGUUGAUGAUUAUCCUGCAUAAAGUGUCACAUUUAUUAUGGAAAAAAAUGAUUUUAUUUUGGUGGGCACGAAUUUAUGCCUUUUCUUAUGUUUCAUUACCUAUUUUUUAAGAAAAAUUAUUAAUUUUAUAGAAUUUUCAAACCAACACUUAUAAAGAAAGUCCUAAAACACUAAACAAAAGCAAUAAAGACAUUCGAAGUUCAAUUAUAUAUAUUUGAACAUACAUAACUGUUUUUGAACGAUAUUGGUUUCGUUCAACAUUGUAAAAAAAUGUCUAAAUAACAAAAACAGUUAGCCAUUUUGCAUUACACGCUUCCUAUUCAUAAUUCAAAAUGUAAAGUAAGGCAUUCUAUAAAAUUCUUAAUUUUAUCUUUUUGCCGGUAAUAUAUUUGUCAUUUCGACAUCUAUUUCGAAACUCAAUUUUCCCACAGAAUUGAAUUGCCAUUAAAUAUUUAAUUGCAUUUAUGAAAGAGUGCAAUAUAUUUCAUGCCAAUGGUCCGGCUAGCUUUGAUAUGUACAUUAUGUGACCUGUGUAUUUGUAUUAUAAUUACAUUUUUUUAAUAUAUAAAUGUGCUGAAUGUAAUUUACCUGAAGUUUACAUGUUU